AUGGGCAUGUGGGCCACAGCAUCACGGGUAGUCUCGUCGACAACCUUCCUCGGCGCCAUCAUCUUCACCAUACCCCUUGCAUUCGACAUUGGCGGCCGCACCUGUGGACUGGCCUUCUCCCUGUCUCUCAGUGUCUACUACUUUGUCUACUCGACGCUACGACUAGCCACGCCAGACUCUUCGCGCUUCAGAUGGUUCCUCUGUAAUGUAAUAGCGUGGGCACAGUGGCUGGCCAUACCUACUCUCUUGAUCUGGAGCCUCAACAAGUUCUCCAUCGAUGCCGACGCCAAUUCGGGCUGGGUACAACGCACCUUUGGCGGCAAGCGAGCCGACUUCCAGACGGUGCAAGAAUGGAUCUUUGGCAGUGAGGGACUGCUGCAGAGUGCCUCGAUAGGUGCCUGGGACAAGACUCUGCGCUACAGCACACCCGUCUUCCAGAUUGCCGAGGGCUUCUGCAGUCUUUUGGUCAUCCAAGCCGCAGGCCAGAUAACCAGAUGGGUCGUUAACAAGGAACGUGGUGACAGUUGGAUGAUCGGCCUUCUCAUCACCUCCGCAUCCAUCAUCUCGACCUCAGUCUACUUCCUUUGGCGCAUCACUACCUUUCCAGAGAUUAGCAACGUCGACGCCAUCCUGAUCGGGGUCGCCAUUACAACCGCCAUCUUCCUUGGUGGAUGGGGUAUCGUCAGUGCUAGAGGCAAUCCGGUCGAAUCAUCGCUUUUGUUCGCCUAUGUUACUCUAUGCAUCUACCAGAUCUUCACCGACUACCAGCCAACACCAGGCUCUGUUGCAGAAUCAAGCGCGCCCUCUGACCCUGCCCUGCCGCCGCUGCCACCUAUCAUUAUGGCCUCAUACACCACCCUUCUCCAUGCACUAGGCUCUUUGCCUACCAUCGCCCAUACCGGUUUCAACCUCAUGGUCGGUGCUGUCAUGACUAUCACGCCCUCUGUCAUCAUCUCUCUUGCCUACCGUGUUUUCGUCAUGUACGCUGCGGCGCGCAUCAUUCCUGCCAUUCGCGAAAGCGGUGCUCGCGCGCUAUCUCAAGAACCAAGCCUCGACGAUGACGACGAGACAUCAAAGAUUCUAGGCUUCUUGACCUGGUUCAGCCCAAGUAUCAUCAUCGCCGUCUACACCAGCCUGCUCAUGCAGCACUUCGCCAGCGGAAAUGGCGGCGACGGAAGUGCCGUGACGGGUGAGUGGUGGACGAACCAAGGCGGUGACGCUGGAGGUAACUUCUGGAGAUGGAUCAAUCUUGGUAUUACAAUGGGGCUAUACGCCAUCGAAUUGAAGAUCUCGAAUGCGGAUGACGACGGCAGAUUAACAAGUCACUGGAAGACGGAUUAG